AUGGCAACAGCCACAGAAGAAAGGACAAUUUAUGCUAAAUUGGAAGCAAUGAAGGACAUCCGGCAAAAAACCAUCCAUCUGGAGAAGCUUAAGAUGAAAAUUGUCCGAGAGGUGGAAAACAGUGAUGCUGAGGAGAAAUGUCUGGCUGAGUAUCGGCGUGAAAUGGAACUGCUGCUCCAGGAAAAAAUGAGUCACGUUGAGGAACUUCGUCAGAUUCAUGCUGAUAUCAAUACGAUGGAGAGUGUGAUCAAACAGGCAGAAGAGAAUCGUUCACGAGCCCUAAGUAUGGCCAAUCGAAUGCACGAAGAAUACGUGCCACUAAAGUCUGAGAUUGAUCACAUGCGUCGGGAAUAUCUGGGACUGGAGCGCCUUCCGGAACUCCAUGAGGAAGAAGGCACUACAAUUGCUCCUGAUCGCUUUCAGGCAUUCUAUGGGGCCAAAGGUCCCAGUCAUGUGACUCACGGUGGCUCAGCAGGGGCCUUUGCGAGGCCUCCUGUUCUUCCUCAUUCUCUGGCACCCGACGUGGCGUCUGCUUCAUUGUCUCCCUCGGCUCCAUCUCAAUUCCUCGCCCCUACACCGGUCAAUCCCAUCAGAGCAGCAGCUCAGGCUGCUUCCAAGCCAGAUAUGCCGACAAAUCGACUCCAGCAGCCGCACGCUAUCAGCAUCGGCCAUCCAACCUUCAGGUCUGAGUUCAAUGUCAGUUUGAGGCAACAACCACCUCCGAUGAAAUCCUGCCUAUCAUGUCAUCAACAGAUCCACCGAAAUGCCCCCAUUUGUCCUCUUUGCAAGGCAAAGAGUCGUUCCCGGAACCCCAAGAAGCCCAAAAAGAAGGAUCACUAAACCAGAAGAGGGGUGGUUUUUCAGACAGAAAAUACAGUAAUUUUCUAGGAUUAGGUACCUUUAGGGAUAAGAUCGGUGACUUUCGCUGGCUCACCUUUUAUUUCCAGUGACUUUCUGUGCGUCUGGUGGUUUAUCUAUCGUGGAGUUCUUUGAGAAAAAAGUGUCGUCUAAGCAGCGAAAGUAAAACCGAAUUAAUGCGUGUCAAAAGUGAAAAGAUGAACAUAGAUUUUUCUCUCAAUUUAAUUUUCACACAGAAAAUAAUUUUUCUCUUAGGAUCUAAGACUUUUUAAGCCAGUAAUGAUAUACGAUAGGAAAUAGAUGUAUUUCGCAGAAAUAAAGAAUAAGAAAGAAAA